UACUCAAGCAAAGAAGUAGUAACCAAAUAUAGCAGCAUCAAGCAAGGGGCUAUGGCGAAAUUAGGGUUUGCAACAUACCUAAUGCUGCUAUGCACAAGCAUGAUCAUAUCCACUGCCUCAGCGCAAUGCCAAGGCGAUUUCCAAGGGCUGAUCCAGCAGUGCUCCAGAUUCGUCCAGAAACCGGGCCCUCAGCAGAGCCCGUCCCAAGGCUGCUGCAACGUCGUUAGAAACGUGGAUCUCCCGUGCGUUUGCCAGCAUGUAACCACCCAAGUUGAGAACAUAAUCAGCAUGGAAAAGGCUGCAUUUGUUUCAGCAUCCUGUGGCAAGCCACUAGCUCAUGGAACCAAAUGUGGCAGUUAUACAACUCCAUGAGGAAUUGAAGAGCAACAACUGAUGCAGUGAUCAUCUAUAAUAAAUUAAGGAGAGUUUGUUGCUUUCAAUCAAGUUGUAUUGUUUGAGAUUUAUAUAUAUAUAUGAAUUAAGGGUGGUUGUUCUAAAUUAAUCUAUAUGUACUGAGAUUUAUCUUGAAAAGAUAAUGUUUUUUGGAACAAGGUUUUAACCCAUAUAGUCAUAGAAGAUGUUUCAAUUUAA